AUGUCAUUAGAAAGUAAAGACAAAUCGCCACAAAUAGUUACCGAUGACCAAAAAACACAUAAACUAAUCAUUCCUGAAUACCAGCAAGAAAGUAAAACAAUCGAAAUAACCCAGAAAAAUAGUCAAAUUAAGCCACCUUUAAACAUCUUAAAAAAGAAAGAACAAGCUCAAAUGAUAAUAGCAGUGCCAACUAUCCCACUCCAAUUUCUUGGUGAAAUUAAUAAAAAAAGUAAAUUGAAAGAAAAUUACGAAAUUGGGGAAAAAAAUAAAGUGGAAAAAAUAGAAGAAAUUCCAAAUAUAAAAAGCUAUGCCACUUUGUCUUAUGCUUAUGGUUUGCAAAAAUCUGAAGAGAACUUGUUAACUAGAGGAGCAAAAAAAAAUCCAGUCGAGAAAGGCGAAGAAGUCAAAAGAAUGAGAAAUUAUUAUAACAAUUCAGAUGCAACACUAAUUUCUAUUCAGAGAAAACUUGGUGAUAAAUCAUUAGAAAAUGCCUUAAGAGAGAUAAUUAGUGGAUGGAAGACAUAUAGCAGAACUCUGAUAUAUUAUAAGGAUGAGUAUAAUUCAAAUGACACCGUGAUUCUAAGUUUAAGUCAAGUUCUUAAAGAAGUAAAAAAAAGAAAAAGAAGUUUGCCUAUUGAUGGUAUCUAUUCGGUAUUGGGGAUGUUACCUUAUGGAGAAAAGGUAGAGGUUAAUUAUUCAGCGAGUCUUGAACAGGCCUUGUAUAAUGUAAUGAAAACAGCUGUAGAAAAUGAUAGUAAUGGUUCAACAAGCAUUGAGGGAGGGGUAAUUCUUAACUUAGAAAAAUUAACCUUUCAACCGGACGGAAAUAUCAAAAUAGUUGGUUUAGAAUACGAAAUAAAUAAUCCUAUUAGUGCUUCAGUUAAAUGGGAUACAAAAUCCUCGAUAGAGAGCAACACCUAUAGAAGAACGAUUGGAGUAGAGAGCAAUGGUAAAGUUAAAAUCAUUACUUUAUUAGGAACUAAAGAAACUCUUCAAGUGAUGGAUAAAAAAAAAGAAGGAGAAGACAUUCGUUUGUUAUUGUUUAAUAAAAAAAAAGAGCAGGAAAAUGAAAAGAUAUUUUCCUUGUUGGUAGCUAGAAAAGGCAAUAUUCGUUACCGGCUAGGCUUAGUAGAAAGUGAUUCAGAAGACUUAACAAAAAGAACCAAAAGGCAAUUAUCAAUAUCUUCGACAACUGAACUUUCCUGCGGAGAAGAAAAGGUAACCAAAUUUGAUAAUCAACAAAAAUAUCAAUCAGAACCUAUGGAUUUUGUCGGUCCGUUUACCGACCAAUUAAAACAAAAAUUACAGGAUGAACUUAAUAAAUUACGAGCAAUUGGUCCUAUCCAUCAAAGGGAUAUCAUUGAGAUAGAAGCAGAAAUUAGAAAAGCAGAAGCUGAACGCAAUGAUGCUAUGACUAAAGCUGCUAACGAAACUGAUCCGGCCAAAAAAGCUCAAUUUAUUGCCACUGCUCAAGCAGCUGAACGAACAAUUAAACAAGCUAAAGCCAGACUUGCCAAAAAUCCUCUAUCUAAAUUAGCCCAAUAUAGUUAUAUCAAAGACAUGGGAAGACUUUUUGGUGGUAAUCUUCCAUCUAAGCCCCCAACCGUGCCAAGAAAUAAUCCUGAUUCAAAUCCAACUGAUCCAGAGGGAAAUCCUAGCGGAGGAAAUAAUCCGGAUGGAAGUGGCGGACAAACCCCUUGA